GCGAGUAUUUUUUUUUGAUACUUUGAUAGAAAAAAUUACAGCUAUUGAUGUUACCAUUUAGUUGUGUAUUGUUUGUUAGUUUCAAUUAAGUGGCAUCACCACGCUGCAGCCGUCAUGUUUGGCAGCCGCAGCUUGGUUGAAAAGGCACAGCAUUUUAUGUAGAUUUUGUUUAAACGAAUUGCUCAAAUAUAAGUUCUGGCUAUUUUUGAGUAUGGCGGAAUAUUUAGCUUCGAUUUUUGGCACUGAAAAAGAUAAAGUAAAUUGUUCGUUUUAUUUUAAAAUCGGCGCUUGCAGGCAUGGCGAUCGAUGUUCACGAAUACACAAUAAACCAACAUUUUCACAAACCGUGUUGUUACAAAAUCUCUACGUCAAUCCACAAAAUUCCGCGAAAUCAGCAGAUGGUUCUCAUUUGGUGGCUAAUGUUUCCGAUGAAGAAAUGCAGGAGCACUAUGAUAAUUUUUUUGAAGAUGUUUUUGUUGAAUGUGAAGACAAAUAUGGUGAAAUUGAAGAAAUGAAUGUGUGCGACAAUUUAGGAGAUCAUCUUGUUGGUAAUGUAUACAUAAAAUUUCGUAAUGAGCAGGAUGCCGAGAAGGCAGCGAAUGAUUUAAAUAAUCGUUGGUUUGGUGGACGUCCUGUUUAUUCAGAACUAUCGCCAGUUACUGACUUCCGUGAAGCUUGUUGCCGCCAAUAUGAAAUGGGGGAAUGCACACGAUCAGGCUUUUGUAAUUUCAUGCAUUUGAAACCAAUUUCACGGGAGUUACGUCGAUAUUUAUACUCACGGCGCCGCCGUUCCCGGUCUCGUUCGCGAUCUCCUCGUCGUCGACGUUCGCGUUCACGUGAGCGCCGUCGUUCACGUAGCCGUGACCGCGACAAUCGAGAAGGUCGGGAUGGACGUGGCGCACGUGAACGUCGUGAUGGAUCGAGCGAACGAAAAGGACGCUACUAGGUACAAUUUUUUUGAAGGCAGUAGGAAAAUACUGCCUGCAACUGAAACUAAGCUAGCGUUUUGUCAGAUGAGUAGAAGUUGAAAUUGGAAAUGAUCCUUCUUCAACUUUGUUAACAUAAAUUAAAAAAAUUAUUUUCAUUGCAGCAUAUAUAUUUCACGAACACAUUUUAUAAAAAUAUAAAUUAAGCUAUAAUGACAGUUCAAAACCGUAAGAAAUUAUUAAGACAACAAAG